GCGCGCGCGGGGGGGGGGCGGCCAUGGCGGCGGCGGCGCCGCUGCCCCCGGUGGCGACGGCGCCCCCUGGCGGUGCCGCGGGGCGGGCGGCGGCGGCGGGGCCGGAGGGGCCGGCCUCGGCGGGGGCCCGGGCCGAGGGCGCCGAGGGGCUGUUCGUGGUGCUGGGAGCUGGGCUCGCCGCCGCCAGCCACCCGCUACUCUACGUCAAGCUGCUCAUCCAGGUCGGGCAUGAGCCACUACCUCCAACUGUUGGAAGAAAUGUGCUGGGAAGGAAAGUCCUGUACCUGCCCGGCUUCUUCACCUAUGCCAGACACAUUGUGGAAGUGGAUGGGAAAAGAGGCCUCUUCCGCGGUCUUACUCCUCGCCUCAUCUCAAGCACUUUAUCAACCAUCACCAGGGGGAGCGUGAAGAAGGCCUUUCCACUGGAAGACAUGGAGCAUGUUUCUAACAAGGAUGAUGUGAAGACCUCCCUUAGGAAAGUGGUGAAAGAGACAUCUCACGAGAUGAUGAUGCAGUGUGUGUCCCGGGUUGUCUCACAUCCGCUGCACGUGAUCUCUAUGCGCUGCAUGGUCCAGUUUGUAGGCCGGGAAGUCAAAUACAGCGGUGUGUUCAGCGCCAUUGGCAGGAUAUUUAAAGAAGAAGGGAUCCUGGGAUUCUUUGUCGGUUUAAUCCCUCACAUCCUGGGGGAUGUCAUCUUCCUCUGGUGCUGCAACCUCUUGGCUCACUUCAUCAACACCUACGCGGUGGACGAUAACUUCAGCCAGGCAUCGGUGAUCCGGAGCUACACAAAAUUCGUGAUGGGGAUCGCUGUGAGCAUGCUGACGUACCCUUUCCUUCUCGUGGGAGAUCUCAUGGCAGUGAACAACUGUGGGUUGCGCGCCGGCCUCCCUCCCUACGCUCCCGCGUUUACAUCCUGGAUCCAUUGCUGGAGGUAUCUCAGUGCUCAGGGGCAGCUGUUCCGUGGCUCCAGCCUGCUCUUCCGCAGGGCGCCCAUGCCAGCCGCCUGCUUCCCCAUCGACUGACUCAGCAGGGAGAGGUGAUGAACUUGAACUCCUCAAGAAACCCUAAGCUUGUUUCGAUAUAUCUAUAUGUUUUCUUUUUGAUCCAAAGUCUGCGGUGCCAGAAGAAGACACCUCCUCUCCAGCAAGGCCAGCAGCAAGUUGGCUUCUGGAGAUCUGGCUUCAGGCUCCAGCUGGACCAAAGCCCCAUGCUUAUGGCUGUGUUGACCAGGACACGUAGCAGAGAGAGCAGAAGCGAGUUGUCUUGUCUCUUUGGUCCAGAGUGUAGCUCUGGAGUCACUGGGGAAGUCUGAGAAACCAGAAAAUGCCCAGGUACUAAAUGAGCCAGCCCCAAGAUGCAGGGACAAAAGAUUGCUUCGUUCUGCCUGAGCUGAGAAGUGGCAAGAGAUCCAAGGUCGCCUUGCUGGGAAGGCUACGCCAGCUGACCAGCCUCCUGUCCCAUCUCUUCUGGAGAGAGCAAACGUUUGUGUGGCAGGUAGCUCAUCCUGGGCGAGAUCACCACUGUGACCCAUAUUUACGGUUCUGAGGGUAUCUGAACGCUAGGGAGCACACCACCUCCCGUGGGCCUGAAAGGGAAAUUAUAGUAUCAAAACAGAAAAGGGAAACGGAGUCCCACUACAAAGAGCAGCGCAGUCCCAAAGAGGCAGGUACGGCUCGGCUCCAGGGCAGCGCUGGGACUUGGACAUGGAGAGAGCGCGUGGGGAGGGAUGCGCGCUGCAGUCGGUAACUGCUUUGGGAAGGCUUUUUGCAGCGGGACGGGCUGUAUAUGGGAUAACCUGGGCAGGCAGCCUGUACGCAUUUCUCAGGGGAGAUGAGCCCUGGGUUGGACCAGCCCGUGCUUGGGUGCAGCGUGUCUUUGUACCGCGCGGCCGUAUCGCAUGCGUGUCUCCCAGCCGGCAGGACCACGAGCCCCGCCGGGCUCCCGCCAAACCCGAGCAUCGCUGCGUCGCUAACGGACACGGAGCCGCGCGCUGCUGUGCGGGGCUGCUGUGUCCUGCCGGUAGCUACACGCCGAAGGGUUUGCCUUGCAGGACGGGCACUUGGUCUGUUGCUGUCUGGACUAAAGGAAUAAACCUUGAGCUGGCCACAGGCUUGUGAGGCAUCGGGGGCUCCUCACGCACACGGGAGCAUGGCUGGCCCUUGCGUAGCAGAGCUCAGCAGUGGCAGCAGGGCAGGAUUUAUCCUCAGCUCCCUAGACAAGUUUUUUUUGCACCAGUCUGUGCUGUCAUGGCAGCCAGGCAGAUUUCCCCCGUUUUCGUUCCCCCACGAAGCAGUCUUUUGCACGGACGUAUUGCUGCACUCCCUGGGAAGAGGUUUUGGGGUCCUUGAGCAGGUUCCCAUGUGCUGCUGCAGCAGCAGCUGGGGUCGCAUCCCGUCCUGGUCCUCUGGGGACCCCAACCUGCCAUCACACAGGGGUUUUCCUCCAUUGGAUGGGUUUGAUCCACACCUCCCAGCCAGGGCCUGUGGGACAGCGCUGGUACACGCUGGGACCAGUCUUUCCCACUCAGUUCCCUUUGGCGUCGUGAACUUGGUCCUGUCUCUGUCCUCCCUUCCUCCCGUACAGUUAUGUUACUGUAACAGAAGUUAAAUAACGCAUGGCCCUGUUCCCUAACACCAGAGAUUAUUUCAAAGAGGAUUUAACUGUGCUCCAAAAAUACAACUGUAAAACUAA